ACUCUUCCUCUCCUUUUAAUGGCACUUCCCCCCUUUUUCCCCCUAGCUCCAUUUCCCAACUGGGCUGCCUACGGGAACUCAAGCGCCUGCAACUUUGCCUGCGACCGCUGGGAUUGCUCUGACGAGAGCCAUUGCGGCUACCGGAAUGGGCUGGCACCACCGAGCGCCGCCUUGGCCUGCGACUUUGAAGGCACCACCUGCGGCUGGGAGGACGUCAGCACGUCAGGGUACCGGUGGCGCCCAGGGCGGGGCAGAGGCUGGGCGCGUGGCACCAACCCCCCCUUCGACCACACGCUGGGCACCGACCAAGGCUGGUACAUGAGCACCUCGGAGCAGCGAGCCAAGCCGCCUGCCAUCCCCGCCCGACUCCGCUCCCCGACCCUGAGCAACGCGGCCUCAGCCUGUGAGCUCCAUGCCUGGUACAGCAUGGCUGAGACAGGACUCAACGGGAGCUUCACAUUGGAGCUGAGCCACGGCGGCCACGUUGUCCCCCUGUGGCGAAGCCCCGCCUGGUCCUCUAGCGCCUGGCGCCCCUUGCUGGCCUACACCGGAAGAAUCCGCGGCGCUUUCCAGGUGACCUUCUCUUCGGUGGUGAGCGUGGCGCUGGACGACGUGCAGUUCAGGAACUGUGGCCCUCAAAGUCCCCAGAGCUGUGCCCCAGGCGAGCGCCCCUGCCUGCCAAGCGGAUGCGUGGCCCCUGCCCGCCUUUGCGAUGGCACCGAGGACUGUGGCGAUGGCGGAGACGAACGGGGUUGCGAGGCCUUCCUCUCGUGCCCCUUCGAGGAGGGCUGGUGUGGGUGGGCAGUGGACACCAACCAGAGCCACUCCUGGGCAAGGAACUGCAGCUCCCAGGCACCGCCAUCCCUGGCCCGCCCCACCCGCGACCACAGCACCAACACGCCGGAAGGAUACUUCAUCUACGUCGCCGGCACCCACUCAGGCCGAGCUGAGCUGGUCAGCCCCACCCUGGUGGUGAAUGGGUCCUGCCACCUGGUGCUCUAUGCCCACCUGCACGGGUCGGACGCCAACCGCCUGAACGUCUACACCCAGACAGAGACGGAGAGGGAGCUGAUCCUCAGCCGUGCUGGCGACCUGGGCAACUUCUGGUUCCGCCAGGAAACCGCUUUCAACGGCACUGAGGACUUCCAGAUUGUCCUUGAGGGCGUCAUCGGGAAGGAUCCUCAAAGCAGUGUGGCUCUGGAUGACCUGAUCCUGUCUCCAGGUUGCAUCCAGCAAAGCGGCCAGCUCUCUGCUCCCCCCACCGAGCAACCCCCUGGAACGGCACCCUGCAAGGACGACCAGUUUGCCUGUGACAGUGGGGUGCGCUGCCUCGGCGGCGAGCAAGUGUGCAACUUUGAGGCCGACUGCCACGACGGCACUGACGAGAGCCAGUGUGGAGCCGGCAAUUUCACCCAUGGCCUGGGCGGAUGGGUAGACAUCAGCGUGGGCCGGAUCCAGUGGGUCAGUGUGGGGCCGGAUCCUGCGUCGCCCGGCCUGGGCCUGGGACAGGCUCCAGGGCAAAUGCUCUCCCUGGCCAGGGCCACCACGCCACCCCUGGGGCCUUCCAGCUGGGCCUGCACUGUGGAGCUGCGGUUCAACGCCGGAUCUCGAGGGCUCUUGGCUCUGGCUGUCGCCGAUACAGCGCCGGGCCGGUGGUUGUGGCAUGCCGAGGGCAAUGGCACCACCGCCUGGCAUCACGCCACCGUGGCCCUGGGUGCAAGAGAACGGCCUUUCCAGCUGGAGCUCCUGGCGACAGAGGAGGAUCUUGCCCUGGCCGUCAGGAGUGUGGUCUUUCUGGACUGCGGCACCUCUCGCACACACCCCUCAGGGCUGUCGUGCAACUUUGAGAGCGACCUGUGCGGGUGGUUUGCUGAGCCGGGCGACGGAUUCGAGUGGCGCCCCCGCGUCGGCCAGGACCACACAACAGGCAGAGGUUCUUUCCUCUCGGCAGACCCCGCGGCGCCCGGAUCCCGCGGCUGGCGGGCAAGGCUGGUCUCUGCCCCCCAAGACCCGCUGAUGGCAUCCAACACCUGCCUCUCCUUCUGGUACCGCCUGGAGGGGCCCCAGAUUGGCACCUUCAACCUGCUGGCAAAAUCCGCUGGUGCUGUGGAGGAAGUUCUGUGGACCGAGGCGGGGAGUCAGGGCGCCACUUGGCGCCGUGCCUGGGCCACAAUUCCCCAGCGCCUGGUGCCCAGCUUCCAGGUGAUCUUUGAGCUGAUCCAUGACGGCUUCGCGGGAACUGCAGCACUGGACGAUGUAGUGCUGGUGCCUGGUGCCUGCGGAGCCCCUAUCCGCUGCAACUUCGAGGAGCCCAGCGCCUGCGGGGUUUCAGGAGGAGGGUGGGUUCGGCGGCAGGGCAUCGCCACCUCGGGGCAAGGCCCGCCCCAUGACCGCACACUGGGCACACUGGAGGGGCACUACAUGGUCACCGACACCAGCGCCCUGGCAAUGGGGCAAGCGGUGCUGCUGCGGACGGGGAAGUUCCUGCUGCCGGUGGGCACCCACUGCGUUGGAUUCUGGUACUACCUGAGCGCCGGAGACGCGGGUAAAAGCUCGGGGUGGGAUGGAUGACCUGCCAGGGUCCCAUCCUGCCGGAAAGCUUGAUGA